AUGUUUGCUAAUAAUCCGUGUCUAUUUCUUUUCUACUAUCAGAGUGGUUGGCGAGAUGUGGUCUCUAAAGCCGCACUACAUGGUAUCCCUGUGGCCGCCUUUGGCUCUGCGUUGGCAUUCUACGACGGUCUGCGCUGCGCAAAACUUCCUGCCAAUCUGCUUCAGGCUCAACGAGACUACUUCGGGGCACACCAGUUCGAACGCGUGGACCAACCUGGUACGUUCGUGCAUGCCAACUGGACCGGAAGUGGUGGAUCCGUAGCUUCAAGCACCUAUCAAGUGUGA